AUGGUCACUACGAGGGUUGAACUCGCGACCUUGGCCGACCUUGGCAUCUUCUCGGAGAAGAAGGAGCAGGAUCUUGCCGCACCUUGCCCCCAUCUGAACUCAGAUGAGAUGAUGGAUGUGAAAUCUCGCUGCUGGAACAAAGAAGAACUUUGUUGAUUUGAUGGGAGUGAGCG